GAGAUGAAAGUUCUAGCUUUACUUGUUGUUGUAGCUGUUGCCAUUGAGGCAAAACCACAUGAUCCUGUUCGUUUGACCACAGAUGUUGGCUACAUUGUUGGUGGAGAAAAUGCUUCUCCUGGGGAAUUUCCAUGGCAAGUUUCUUUGCAAAGAUGUUCUGGAGGAUCCUGUUCUCACAAUUGUGGAGCUGUUGUCAUGAAUGCAAAUUGGGUUUUGACUGCUGCUCACUGUAUCCAAAACCCAGUUCUCUCUUCUCACAGAUUGGUCUUUGGUCUUCACACCCGAAGUGAUGAAACUGGAACUCAAGCUAGAACUCCAUCCAUUGUUACACCUCACCCUGAUUUUGUCAAUGAUGGAAGUUUAGGAUUCCCUAAUGAUGUUGGUGUCAUGAAAUUUGAUGAGGCUAUCAACCUUUCUGGCAAUGUUGCUGCUGCUACACUUGUUCCAUCAAAUGUUGGAACUUUGGCUGGACAAGCUUGUACUAUUUCUGGUUGGGGUCGUACUGCUGGUGGAGCUCCUUUGGCCAACAUUCUCCAAAAGGCAGAAACCCGUGUUCUCUCAACUGCUGAAUGCCAAGCACAAGGAAUUCCUCAAGCUGAUGAUGACAUGCACAUUUGCCUAAACAAUGAUGAUCAAACCACUAAUUCAUGCAAUGGUGAUUCUGGUGGCCCAUUGAACUGUCCAAUUGGACCUAACAACUCUAUGCAAAUAGCUGGUAUCACAUCUUUUGGUAUCAUCUUCUGUCCACCAAGCAGACCAGCUGGAUAUGCCCGUGUUUCCUUUUACCGUCAAUGGAUUGAAGACAACAUGACUGAUUAAAUAUAUUUCAAAAUAAAUAAAUUCAUUGUUGAAAUAUAAGGAAAAA